GGGUCUUGCUGUCUGUUGAGAGCAUGUAAUGUAGUCAAGAUUGUUCCCAUUCUUAAUUCUAUUUCGGUAACUUCAGUUUUUACAGGUGAAACAGCUGACAAGAGUGCUUCCUCCUGGACAGACAGAAACAAAAAAUGCCUCGAUCCAACAAAAAGAAAUAUAAAUCUCAACCACCAAGUCACCAUGCUCGCCCAAAGCAGCCUGUCAAGCCAGUCGCUGCCUAUAGCCCGAGAGUCCAGAGUGAAGUCCAAGCUCUAUUUGAGAAGAAGUUUGCCUUUAUUAAGCCAGACAGGGGGCUGGUGUGGGCCUUGCCAUUAGCGGAAACACUCUUCACUGCACCUGUUGUGAAGGACUGGGAUCCCAUCUUAACUGGUUACAAAGCGGAGUUGAACGACCUGAAGUGCAAACUGUCAGACAAGGAGAUCCGAGCCUGGCACCAGCACACCUCGUUCACACAUCGGUCAGCCCUCGUCAUUCCUCAUCUGCGUUGCAAUGUAUGGGCAGAGCUCUGCACACAGGCGUGGUGUAAGUUCUAUGAGAUUCUGUCAUCGUACGACAUCAUCCAACGUGGGCUCUACGCCAAGGAAGCUAAGCCAUUCACAUCAGUACAUCUAUGUGAGGCACCAGGGGCAUUCGUUACCAGCUUGAAUCAUUUCAUGAAGAGGCAUGGUAGACUUAGGAACCUCACGUGGAACUGGACUGCCACAACACUCAAUCCGUAUUAUGAAGGAAACAGUACAGAUGCAAUGAUUGCUGACGAUCGCUUCAUCCUGCAAACACAAGACCGAUGGUUCUUCGGAGACGACAACACCGGUGACUUGAUGAACCCUGACAAUCUGACGUCAUUGAGAGAACGGCUCAAGACCAAAUCAGUCCAACUGGUAACAGCCGAUGGGAGCAUCAACUGCCAGAAUGACCCUGCCGAGCAGGAGAUUGUCGUCUCCCAGCUCCAUUACUGUGAAGUCAUAACGGCAAUGACGCUUUUAGCAGCGGGUGGGACCUUCGUUUUGAAGAUGUUUACUCUGUAUGAGCACCAGACUGCGUGUUUGAUGUAUCUACUCAACUGUACAUUCCAACAGGUUCAUGUUUGUAAACCAGCUACAAGUAAAUCUGGAAAUUCUGAGGUAUACGUUGUGUGUCUCGGUUUCCUUGGGCAGCAAAGUGUAGAGACAUACAUGCCAAGGUUACUCAGUAAAUUUGGUCCUGCUGAAUCCUUUCAAGCUCUCUUCGCACCAUCCGAUAUCCCAUUCUCAUUUCUCUCCCAGCUUCGCAAUUGCACGUCCAUCUUCAAGGAUUACCAAAUGAAGACCAUCGCGCAAAACAUUUCACUCUACCCAACGAUGUCUGAUGAAGAGCGCCACCACUUGACCCAAGUCAGAGAAUGUUGCUGUCAAGUGUACGUAGAGCGUUACGCGGUGCAUAGCAUCAGGAAACAGGAGAAGAUUUGUUCAGAUAUGUCCAAGGGUAAGAACACCAGAGCAGCCGUGGGUAUGUUCAGCAAGACUUCCACCAAGAGACUUCAUGGUACAUUCUUCGAGAGACAUCAACAGGAGAGCGGACACUGGAUUCAACGACUCAGCUUUGAGUAUGACCAGCUCUCCAUCAUGGAGCCGGGGUCAAAGGUCAUCACCCAGACAAUCCAGAAUAUCGAGGAGUUAAUGCCAGGUGAGGUGUCUACAUGGAGAGUGAUAGUUGGUAAGAAGCUGACGUCAAUCCAAAGCUCAUCAUUCUGUCUGGCCGAGUCACUGGAUGACUGGAACUUAGCAUGCACAAACUCACAGGUUCAAAGCAAUGAGGAUGACUCUGAGAAGGAGGUUGUAUUGAGACGCGAUCAGCAGGCAGCUCUGAAUUUCAUCCAAGCAGAUCGGAUGACACUCUCCAGGAUUUCGAGAGGUGAGAGUGGAAUGGUUAACUGUCUGUGUUUACUGACUGAGUCACAGGGAGACGUCUUCCUGCAGCAUCUCAUGAAGACAGAGCAAUGGAGCUUCAGUGAUUGUCUUGUUACAAUCUCGUCAGCAGACCUCAUGGUGCGGAUGGUAGAAAGAAGUCGCACUGAACAGCAUCAUGAUGACAACCAAGUGACCCAGUCAGCAAUGUCCGUCUCUCCGAUCAGUGUCUCACACCUCAGAGAUCGGACAGUCUUAAAAAAAUGUUGCGAUGCACUCAGUCAUUCCAAAGUAGCGAUGGUGUAUGCAGACUGUUCCCUUGGUGCUAAAGCAUCACUGUACCAUGGGAAACCAGGUCUUGCCGAGUUGGAUGCCAAACUCCAGUUUCUUGCCUGUACCAUUUUAGCAAUUCAUGCUCUUUCUGUAGGAGGCACACUGAUGCUCCGUAUUCCAAGCAUCUUAACUAGACUGAGCGCUGGGUUACUCUAUGUCAUCCAUAAGACAUUCCAAAAGGUUACCCUGAUUGCCGCUGGUGGUCUCAUCAAAUCUUCCAAGUCACCUAGCAUCAUCAUUCUUGCCCAAGGGUUCAUGGGAGCUCAUCCUGCACUGAUUAAGCAUCUUUGGACAGUAUAUUCAUCCAUGCUGGAUGUCAACAACACUUCGGAUGUUCUGCAGAUUUUACCUCAGUCCAGACUUUGUGAAAAGGAGUUCAAUAACGCCCUGUCGACUUUUAAUGGAAACUUCCUUGAGGCAGUAACCAGUUCUCUUAUAAAGUUAGAGCUUAAGAGACAAGAUACCAGCAGCGUUUCUGAAGGACCAAGGUGAUCGGUAAGAACCAGUAUGAACCAGUAUGAACCAGUAUGAACCAGUAUGAACCAGUAUGAACCAGUAUGAACCAGUAUGGACUAGAAGGGGGCCUGUAUGGAUCAGUAUAGACCAAGAAGGGCCAAGAUGGACUGGUACAGAAUCCAAUGGAUCAACAUCAAACAAUAUGGACCAAUAAGUACCAAUGUUGACCAGUAUGGACAAGUAUGGACCUACAUGGGCCAGUAUAGACCAUUUUUUUCCAGCAUGGACAUGAUGUACCAGAACAUACCAGUGGACCAGUAUUGACUAGUUUGGACCGGUUUGGACCAGUAUGGACCACAAUGGACCAGUAUCAUCUGCAUAAAAAUAAUUUAUUUUAAGCAAAAGCUUUCCUGGUGUAUAAAGUCAGUACUGGUAGUGAUUGAAAUAUUAGCAGCUGAUAUACGUCAUCUAUGAAAGAUAAAUAAAUAAAGACCAAAAAAAAACAGAUGUUUUUUUUUUUUUUUUUUUUUAACCACUGGUUUUCUGUUCUUGUUGGUCUUUACUUUUUUAGUUUUGAUUGAUUUUUAGUUGAAACGCUUAGAUAUUGCCACGACCUUUCAAGUUAUUUUGUGUGUGUACAAAAAAUUUGGUUAAUAAAAUCCAAAAAGAGCGUCACUUCUGGGAAAAAGUUAAAAAGCAUUAAAAGUCAAAGACGCCUGAAACAUCAGUGAUGAUGUCAGUGAGAUGUGACGUCUUAAACAUUCUAUGGUUAGAACACCUUUUGCUGAAAGAAGAGCUUUCAAGUAAUGCCCUGCUAAUAAAGAAGAGCUUUUAAACAAUACCUUACUGUUGUAUUGUUUAAAAGCUCUUAUUUCAGCAAAAAUACCCAGUUUUUAGUUUUUGCAGGUUUUGACACCGAUGUGAUAUAUAUAUAUAUGUUUAUUAUCUACAUCUAUUCAUUUUCACCCACUCCUGGUGUUUUUACUGUGUUUAUAUACAUGCUUUCAGAACAAAUAUUACAAUAUCACGUUUAUUAUUAAUCUUUAUUUCGAUUAAAGAGUUUUUUAGUGCAAUUUAAAGGCAGAAUAAAAGUGGCAGUUGAA